ACGCGGCGCGAGGCGGCGUAGGGCUGCCCCGGUCCGUCGCAGAACCCACAGACAUCGCCCUGAGCACGGUUCGAUCCACCGUGGGCAGCCGCCGCCAUCGAUGCGAUGCGAGGGCUCCUCCUCCUCCUGAUCACAAAUGGAGCCCGCGGCCAAGCGGCGGUCUGGGCCCGCGGCCAGCGCCAGCUGAACCGCUCCCACUUCGAGGGAGCCCACGCGACCUACGCCGAGCAGCGCCAGCGUAUCCAAGCGGCCGUCGGCAACUACUCCUUUUACGUCUAUGCGGGCGGCGCCUUCGACGCGAUCACGACGGCGCUGCCUCAACAAAGAAGACACUACAAGAUCGCGGAGGAACUGGUCGAGGUCUGGGUCCACCGCGCGUUGCUCAACGACAAACGCCGCACGACGGAUCCGGAGGCGGCGAGUUUGUUUUUCGUGCCCGCGUAUCUGUCCCUCUCGAAAAAUUCUGAUGGGCAGGGCCACGACGAACGACUUUCAGCUUUAAUCGAAGAACUAAGAAGCUCCAAGUGGUUCCAGCGCCACCGGGGCGCCGACCACGUCUUCGGGUAUUCGUCGAUCAAUCCCGGAGUGGCAAGGCAACUGCUAUUCCCGAAGCUCCACGCCGGUUUAGAACAGAGUUAUUUCGGGGUCUUCGAGAUGAACCCGGCCUGGGUCGGCGGCGAUAGGAAGGAGGAAACUCUACGAAGGAUGGUCCCCGCGCCAUAUGUAGUGGACGCGUCAAGGCUGGCCGGCACGUCGACACAACUACAUAAUCACGAGAUCUCCGUCUUCUUCGCGGCCCAUAGAAGACCGAACGCCGCGCAGUGGUCGGGCUGCGACCGGAGCAAGGCGCUUGGGCUGGAAAGUGUCCCGCGGUCGUCGAUACAUAUCAAAUCCCACCGACGACGUUUAUUAGAUGAGGACGCCUUCGCGCAUAGUAUGCGCGUGGCAGACUUUUGUUUGGUCAUGUGCGGCGACACGCCGACGUCUAGGCGCAUCUUCGAUGCGAUUGUCGCGGAUUGCAUCCCGCUCAUCGUCGGUACAAGAUUGUGGGGCCGGUGCGAGGCGCCGUGCCACGAGGGCUGGGGCUGGUUCGUGUCUGGGAAGGAGCACCCGCACCUGCCGUUCCGCGACACGUAUGUUGAUUAUACACGGUUUCCGCGCGUCGACGAGAGGCUCCUGUACGAGGACGCCACGAAGGCUUACGAGGACGCCGUGCGGGAUGUCACGGAAACGGAAGAACGGGACAUGUGGCGCUACCUGAACGCGAUCCGCGACGACGUCGUUUACUGUGUGGAAAUCUCCACGCCAUCGACGCGACGCCUGGCUCCACCGAGCCACUGGUUGAUUUCCACACAGGUCGUUUAUGGAUAUGGGUCGCCCUUUUCAUCUCAGAAAUUCGGUCGCGCCGCGGCGAACCUCAUGGACGGCGUCAUGCUGCGGCGGCUGCACCAGGGGCUCGUGCCUCCAGCACUCCGACCCGAGGACCACUCGCCGCUCGAGGGCUACGCGAAGGUGUCGCCCUCUACCUAAGUUGAUUGUUAGUA